AAAUAAAUUAGGCAAUUUUCAGAAUGGAAUCAACUGUGUUAAACGAAGCUGUAUCACUAUGCUCCACUCCAGAGAACAGUGAUCAGAAAGGCAGCAGUUCCUUAGGGAAACAGCCAAUGAGUGCAACCCUUAGAGAACGUUUGAAGAAAGCAAGACGGUCAUUUCAUUCAACUUUUACUGGAGCAAAGCGUCUUAAAAUAGAUGAAGAAAACAACUGCAAUACUUACAAAGAGGAGUCUUCGUCUAAACAAGAAUCAUAUUGUGUAUCACAAGGCAAGGAUGAACACUUGGAAAAAGUUCCUGAUGGAGUCAGUUGUUUGAAAAGUACCAUCCAAGCGAGAGAACUCUCUAUGUCUGAAUGUAAGACUACACAGAAUUCUACAGAAGUUACUUCUUUGGGAAAAGAUUGUAAGCAAUUGGAGUUAUUGGAAGAAAAGAUGACAUUGGUAAAGGAGGUUCAGGAAAAGGAGGAACUUCUCCGAAGGCUCAAACUGGUCCAGAUGUACAGAUCAAAGAACAAUCCAAAAGAGCUGCAGUCUUUGAUAUCAAAAUGGCGAAGCAGUUCUCAAGCAAUGCUAUACGAGCUACAAACAGCCUUAUCUACAGAUAGCCAGAUAUUAAGUAUUACACAACUGAUAGACAACUUUGGACUAGAUGAUCAAUUGUUACAUUAUAACAGAACAGAAGAAGAUUUUACAGAUGUGUAGUAACACUUUUUGUUUGGUUUUACUUUACCCUUGGAAAGAUGAACCUCUUAUUGUAUUGUAUCUCUGGACUGCUGUGGAUACCACAUGGUUUUCAUAUGGAGAAGAAUCUUUUUUUUUUUUUUGGCAAAGCUUUUCCUUAAAAAUGUGAAAAAAGUUGGCUGUACUGUUAUAGAUUGUGUAUUUUCUGGUGAAAAGGUGUAUAUGUUUACAGAAUGUAAGCAUGAAAAUGCUUUUGUUUUUUUAAUUUAUAAUACAUACAAACUUUAACUCUGCAAGAAUUCAGUGUUCCUUGAAUUUCUUAUUGAAUUAGUAAAUGCUUAAAGUGAAGGAAAGGCAAUAUAAUUUCUCAACAGAUUUUCCUUUUACGUUCAUUAAAAUAGGCAUAUCAAGGAACUGUUCAUAGAGUCCACAUCCAACCACCCUUUUAAUUUAAUGUGUUUAUCCU